UCAUUGUGAACGAACGUUUCCGGUCUUCGAGCUGAAGUUAAUUUUCUAGUUCAAAUUGAUUCAGUACAUAGACAUACUACAUAUCUCCACUGCAUAUACACACAGACACAUAUAUGUAUGUAUAUAUAUAUAUAAAUUAAAGGAAAAACUACACCUUGAACUAAACGGAAUACAACAAUAUAAUUCGCACAAACACACAUACAAUCAAAGGCUCGCUAACAAAUAACAGUACAAAUAACAUAUCCAAAAACACACGAACAUUCAUUUUAAAUGCAAUACAUUUUAACUGACAUAUCAAAUUGUAGAUGAAUUAUUAAAAUCAUGUUGUAAACGGAAAAUCUCCAAAGUUUCGAAAGUGUGAAAUUUUUACUUCGAAUACAAAAGGCCAGCGAAAAUCUUAGCACGGGCUGCAAAUUCAAAUCAAAAUUAUGAAAGUGAAUCGCUCGAUAUUUGUGUACCUAUGCGUAGUAUAUUAGCGUGCAUGAAAAAUUGCGGUUUAGUCUGUGAGAACUGUAAGCAGGAAAAAUCAAACUCAAACUCUCGGAUCUGCAACGCUUAAUUAACUUCAAUUAAAAGUGUAAUUAUUGGUUUUCGGAGAAGAUUUGAAUUUCGUUAAAUUUGUUUUGGACAUGCAAUAAGCAGCGCUUGACAACUUCGAAAAUUCUGUAGCAGACGAAAGAAUCAAACAUCAAAAAUUACAAAAUUACAAUUUGGUGAAGUUUUAAUAAAAUAUAUCGAAUCAGCUCUAAAAGUUAGUGAUUUUAUUGAAAUUUUCUUUUCAAAAGUAAUUUUGAGAGAUUUGUCAAUGCCAUUGUCCUUGGGAGCCUUUGUUGGCGAAUGGAAACCAGAGUUUUGAGUUACAAAACGACCGACAACAAGUAAAGCGACAACUGUCGCAAAUCAAUUUAUAUCAAUCAUAAUUAGGUGUGAAAUAACAACAUAAACGAAGCCACACGCAAACGAGCCGUGCGCACGACUGGUGUGAGGUAGAAGGACGGGAAAUUAACAAAGUCUUCCAACGCUCUUGUCAGCCACUGAAUUUGAUUAAUUGUAACAAUAAAGUCGAAACAAAUGUUGCGCAGUCAGUAAAGAGUACGGAGUGAAUAUAGCGACCGAGUGACAGAGUGACAAGCAUCGCCUGACUGCAUACAGAUAGGAGCCAGAGUGGCAUUGCGCGGACAUUUAGAAAUUCCAUCCUAGCAAUUGCUAAAUUUGACACGCUCGCAAUUGUCGCGCGAAUUGUCGGCGAACUGAGUACGUUUCACUGUCGCCUAUCCUACGGUCCACAUGCACGGCAAUUAAACAACAAAAAUAAUAAGAAGAACAACAGUAGUAGGGGAACAUCGAGCGCGAGAAAGAAUUGUACAAUUAAAUUGCAUGAAUUAGCAGUUUAGAGCAGUGAAAGAGUAAUCAACAACCAUACAUCAGUGCUGACGACCACAACCAAAGCAACAACAAUCAUAAUUACAGCAACCGACAUAUCAGCACAGAAUCACACAGCCACACAUCAACUGGUGGCCCACACCCGCAAGCGGCGAACUAUCUGAUUGUCGAACUGCCGUCACAAUAACGGUAUUCCCAAAGCAGCUCUAACAGGCCACAGGCAUAGAAAUCUACGCACAUUUGGGCGCUCACACACACAUACAAAGCUAGCAUUGCCCGCAACUGCCAAGCCUGUCGGGAUACAAAUUCAAUAUUGUUGCCGUUGUUUGGAGUUUAUUAAAUUGAUUGGCCGUAACUAAUUGGACAGUCGAGUCGGGGCGAGCGUACGAAAGCCGACGGCAACCACAACUAUAUCAAAUCCUAGUAAGCGGCCGUACGAAUAUAGUCUGAACAACAAACAACAAUUACAACAACACCAUCCACAUGCAGUUGUGAACAUUUUCCAUUUUAUAGGCACACAACAACACUUUCACGACUAGACAUACAGGUAAUACUAACACAAAUCUAUUUGCACAUGCACACACACCACACGAAGACAAUCUAGGGACAUUCACUAGAGAACUACAUAGGCACACAUACAGAUACACAUACAAGCACUAGCACACAGCAACGCACAUAGUUUAAUGAACACAGCAUUUCAUACAGUGUUGGGGUAUAAUUUAAUUAGCCAAAAUAGCGCAACGUUGGAAGCAACUCAAGCAGCAUAUACUGAACCAGCCGCAACAUAGGCCGGUACAACGCGAAGCGCAGCAGCCGCUGCAGCCGCAACCACAAUCACCUAAGCACCCGCCUCAGCAGCAAACACAGCCGCUCCAGCAGGUGCUGCCAAAGCUCCAGGCGCAGCAGGCGCUAGAGCUAGCUACCGCUCCGCAGCAGCAACAACAGCAGCAACAGCAGCCAACGCAGGCGUCUCAAUCUUCUUGCGUGGCGUCUGCAGCGGCAACAGCGAACGACCCAACAACAUUUGGUGCCAUUAAUCCAGCAACCACAACAAUAACAACGGCAACAACGGCGGCCAGAGUCUUCUCGCGUUACGAUAGUCUUGAGGAGCUGCAGCAGCGUACGAGCAGAAGUGGAAGCGCAAUCGGAAUAUUGCCAGUGGUCGCGGCACAGGGUCCACAAGGAUCGCGUGGCAGUAUAGCAGUUGGAGCUGGGGUUGGCGCGGCGGGAUUAUAUGCGUCUGCGGGUGCACGUUUACCAGUAGCCGGCGGUGUUAGCGGCAAUAGUGGAAGCGGCAGCGGUGUUGGUGUGCGCGGUUCGGGCGGUUCGCGCAGUGGUAGCAUAGCACCUGGAUUAGAUGGUCAUCGUGCAGUGCUGAGUACCAGUGGAACAGGCGUUGUAUCGCCGGCUGGUCAACAGUUAAGUAGGGGCAGUGUGAAUGGCUAUUCAACGGCAGGUGCAGCAGUUGGUAUUGGUGGUGGUGUUGGCAUCGGAGGUGGCGGUGGUGCGAGCGGAGGUAGCGGUUCACAAUUAAUAGGUAGCACUACCACGACGGCACGAGGGCGUCUUUCAAUCAGUUCACCAUCUGGCGCUGGUGCAAGCGCACCUACAGCGAUACAAGGUGGUGCAGCCACAGCGAAUGAAUUCUUAUUAAUAGGCGGUGCUGGUGGUGCAGGCGUUGGUCAAGGAAGUAGCGGUGUCGGUGCUGCCGCAGGUAGCGGAAGUCCCGGGGCUGGCGGUGUAGGUGGAGCAGGUAUUCCUAAACGCCAAGGAAGCUUUUCGAAUGUUUUCUCGAAAUUAAUCGACGGAAUGCCCGCCGGUACAAUGUUCUCUAAAUUCAAGAGUGCCAAUAUGGCACCCACGUCCCUACAAAGUAUCACAGAUACAAAUCCUAUCAGUCAGUACUUCGAGAUCGGCAAACAAGUGGCCAGUUCAGGCCCGGAAUUGGUGUGGCGGAUACACGAUGGCUACCGCAAAAGUGAUGGCAGGGAAUGUUCUAUAUUUGUUUUCGAGAAGAAAAUCGCAGAAAAGCUUCAUAAACCCCGACGUAAAGAGGCAGUAACGGAACUACUGAGGAACUCUGUAAAGACAAUGGAGCGUUUCCGUCACCCCAAAAUUCUACAAGUUAUCCACACAGUGGAAGAAUCGCCAGACACUUUGGCUUUCGCUUCUGAACUUAUCUUUGCUAGUCUCUCUAAUAUUUUGGCGUUUCAUGAAUCGAAAACUUAUGAAAAUGUGGCCAUGCCUUCGAACAGUGGAGCGACGGGCACGCAGAGCAGUCAACAGCAGAACACAGCAGGGCCCCAGCGGCCAGCUCAUGCGAAGGAGUACAACUUUUUGGAUAUCGAAUUGAAAUACGGCUUUCUGCAACUGGUGGAAGCAUUAUCCUUUUUACACUACUCGGGCCACGUGAUUCAUCGAAAUGUGUGUCCUUCAUCUAUAUUAGUAACAAAGCGGGGUACGUGGAAAUUGGCUGGCUUAGAAUUUAUUGAAAGAAUGAAUGAGACUGAUGUAAAUGAGUUAGUUCCUUGCCCGCCUUGGAGUAACAAGGUUUCAAAAAUGGCUCAACCUAAUCUGGAUUUUAUGGCUCCCGAGACUCAAUUAACUUCGAAGGGCAGCCUACUUAGUGACAUGUUCUCGUUGGGUUUGGUAAUAUGUGCUGUUUUCAAUAGCGGACGGCCAAUCAUCCAAGCCGGUAAUAUAGUUUCGAGUUAUAUGAAGCAAUUGGAGAUGCUGGAGGAGACUGUGCAGAAAAUGUUGCCGCGAGUACCGGUACCACUACAGGAGGCUACCUCUCGCUUGGUUAGUCGAGAUCCCACCGCUCGACCGCCUGCGCAACUUUUGCAAUUGAUUAAAUACUUUAGUGAUCCCGGUGUAAAUGCGCUCAAGUUCUUAGAUGUGGUCAACAUGAAGGACACAUCGCAGAAAUCUCACUUCUACAAAAACACGCUAAUGGAAGCGAUGCCGCUGAUACCGAGAAAAUUGUGGUGGCAAAAUGUGUGGCCAAUGCUGCAGGCCGAAAUCAGCAAUGGCGAAGUACUGGCAGCGGUUUUGCAGCCCGUCAUUAAACUUAUACAGGAGGCAUCACCGGGCGAAUACGAGUCGAUUAUGGCGCCAACGAUGAAGGUAAUUUUCGGGUCGCCCAAGUCCAUACAAGCCACGGUGACCUUGUUGGAAAAUUUACAUCUUAUUAUAGAGAAGACCGCUCCGGGAGAUGUCACCACCGACAUUAUUCCAAUGCUGUUUUUUGCUUUCGAAAGCUCAACGAUACAGGUGCAGAGCGCUGCUGUUGUGGCAGUUACAAAUGUUUUCGACAAUAUCGAAGAUGUUUCCAUCAGACGCAUGGUGAUUCCAAAGGUGAAGUCUGUGUUCGAAAAGAAUCUAGCAGAUCCGAAAAUUGUGCAAAACGUACUUAUCUGCAUAGAGGCACUCAUGGACAAACUGGAGCGUGCUCAGGUUAUGGAAGAGGUGCUGCAGCUGCUAGGCGAUGUCCGCAUACCGGAACCGGAUAUAGUGAUGCGUACAGUGCAUAUAUAUCAUAAAAUGGUUGUCGAUAAAACAUAUGGUCUGACGGUGGAGACAAUGGCUACGCAUGUGCUUCCACUAUUGAUACCACACACCGUUAAUCCGGGUCUGAAUCUCGAACAAUACUGCAUGCUGGUGGAGGUGCUGCAAGAGAUGCUCGAACAAAUUGACCGUCAGCAACGUAAUAAAUUGAAACUGGACAAUCUGUCAAUACCAUCACCGGAGCGCCAUCGUCCGCUGCGACAUCAAUUCUCAUCGGAUAACAUGAAUGCCCCACCAUUCAAUAUACCCAAUUUGCGUAUCGAUCAGCGGAAAACAUCCAGUGCAGAGGAUAUGGCACGCAAGAAUUCUGGAGUUCGCUUAUUUACAGGUUCAGGUAUGCUGGGCGGCUGGUGGUUCGGCUGCUCGCCGUCAUCGCCCGAUAGUAAUUUCCUGCGCGUGGCUAAUGCAUUCCCCAACCGACGACUGUCGGACAACACCUUGAUGACGCCGAAAAUACGCAUUGCACCAUCGUGCGCCUCCUCGCCAGGUGGCACACCGGGCAGCGGGCUGCCAACACGCCGACACUCGAGCAUCGGACCACAGGAACGACGCGGCUCGACAAUCAAUCUGUCGCCGCCUACUACGUAUGGUUUUGGUGCACGCGGUAGCUCAGGAUCGAGUUUGUCGGUACCCUCCUCGUCGGCCUAUGUUAAAUCUCCUUUAUUAUCCUCCAACAAACAGGGUGGAUCUAUGCCGAACACCUCAAGCAGUGUGCCAUUUUUACUAUCGUCCAGUAUGCAAUCGAUACGAUCCAGACGUACCUCAACUGUGCUCUCAUCGGGACCGCUGGGAUCUGGUUCUGGCCUACUACAGCAACUCGGCAGCGGAAUGGUAAGACAAAUAACUACUUCUGUAUCAGGCAAUGCAAGCCCGGUGCAACAUUUAGUGGUUAAUGGACAACGUACCUACGUCCGAAAGUGUCCGUCACUCAAUAUCACAUUCAGUCAGUAGUGAACAAGUGCAGAAAGUCACGAUAAAUACGAUAAAUAUUCUAAUGAAGUAAUGACGAAGUGAAGCCUGUUGGCGUUGGCAAGAUAUGAAGAUUUGCAAACGCCUUAAACGCAAAUAUGCAUUGAAUCAUUUGAGCUGUGUUUUGUAACAAAAUAUUUAACAAACCAAAAAAAGGAUUUUUAAUUUACACAAUUACAUACAUAUUUACUAGUACCUAAAUAUAAACUUAUAUUAAAUAAAAUAAAAAUUUAAUAUAAAAGAAAACUUUGUGGAGCACGUGCAGAGUACUCACAAACGUCACAAAAACGUCAAACAAUUGAGUAUGAUUGGCUUUGUGAAUAGACUUUUUCAUUACCAAGCCAAUUGAGAAAAAAAUUCAUAACGAACUUUUUUAAAUGCGCCACUGUGUCUCUAUGGUGGGGAAUAAGUUGAAUAUUACCGUUUAUCUUAAGCGUAUAACCCGCAUAUGUACAUUGUGCGUUCGAAUCUACAGAUGGCUUUAAAUGUAACUAAAGUAUUCCUGUUAAAUACCUUUUGUUGCACUAUAGUAUAAUUUAAAGAUUUUUACGAAAAUUAAAGUCACUUUUUUUGCGAACACAUCUCGUUUGGAAUAUAAGGCAAUCAUUUCCUGUUUAAGACGGGGCAAAUCAUAGUGUCCGACGUAUAUAUGAAAACAUUUUUAAAUCAAACCCGGCUGUGACAGUAACUGUAUAUAAGAUAUCCUUAAAAUAGCACAAGUGAUUUGGGUCAAAACUCGCGCACUUUUCCCUAUUUCAUCAGUAUGAUUUGCUUAUUACCCGGAAGCAUUGGAGACACAAAUAUUUUUCUCUAAUUCUAAGGCAUUUUUGUGGUUUCAAGCCGCGGUGAGCAGCGUCUUUUGAGUAGAAUCUUUAUUGACAACCCUUAAGAAAACAUUUUAUAACGGGUUUUUCAAUAAGAGCGCUACAAAUGCGGUUGGGGAUAUCAAUUAAAUUCUUUAUUCCAUUCGCUGCCAUUUUAUAUGGACUCGAUUUCUUUUGCAUGGCCACCACGGGCAAACUUGCAGAAGUCCAGACACAAUUUUCGAUAGUUUUUACGCAUAAAUCGACCGACCGAGGUGGCCAAUUGUCGGAACCACACAUUGUCCAAGUCCAUAACAUCAAAUUCUGACCAAAAAUAUUCGGUUAUCACUGAGCGGUAACGAUUCCCAUUCACAGUAACUUGCCGGUCUUGGGACGCAGUGCUCUUAAAGUUGAGGCCACUGACUCCGAAUUUCCGUAGUAAAUUGUAAUAAUUUUGACUCGUUGUUGGAACGUAUGUACAU